AGAGGCCUGACAUGGACCAUUACACUGAUUUCAGUGUUGCUGAAUCUCUACAUUUAUACAUAUCCAAGCUUCAUCCCUGAGAGAUGUUCGUGGAAUCAUAGUUAUGAAAAUGGCAAUGAUCUCCUUGGGGAACGCGUCAAAAAUAUACCGUAUUUCGGUGAUCUUUACAAAACACUCUUUAUCAAAGAGUCGAGCGAGAAACUUCCCGAGCCCCGUGAUAUACGGAUGAUGGCAUUUGGCGAUCCGCAGAUCAACGGCAAUUGGCCCUCCACUCCUUAUAUCAAGCGGUUGGACAAUUUUGGCAACGAUUACUACCUUGGUCAUAUUUAUAGAGUGAUGAAAAGCAGGUUGCAUCCCACUCAUGUCGUUGGGUUGGGGGAUCUCUUUUCGUCUCAGUGGAUCGCUGAUUCAGAAUUUUACAACAGAACUAGGAGGUAUAUGACACGUCUUUUCCCAAGACCGGAAGAACAGACCUUUGCCGAGCUCGACUUUAUAGCCGAGCAUAAGGACGUGGACUGGGUGAGCCAUCUGGAAUGGUUUCAGAAAAGCCUUGAGGAUGGUUUAUUUUUGAAGCCGGAGUUCUAUCAUUAUGAAAAUGUUUACGACUGGUCCUCUGCCAACCUGACUCACGAACCACUAUUCAUCAACGUUUCCGGCAAUCAUGACAUUGGCUACGGAGACACGACUUACCAGCAUAUGACUAGAUGGAGAAGACUUUUUGGCAAGGACAAUUACUGGAUAGAAUUUGAUAACGAUACAGAUCAUCCUUGGCGAAUAGUUGUACUCAAUUCCCUUGCCCUGGACGGACCUCUUUUGCAACCGGAGUUUAAGGACUACACAUGGCAGUUUGUUGAAACGUUGAAGCAAAGAAAUUAUAGUGGCUCGUCUAUUUUGCUCACUCACAUUCCAAUGUAUAAGCCUGAGGGUCUUUGCGUGGAUGGCCCGUUGGUGGAGUAUUUCAACGAAAACAACUGCCACCCUGGCGGCGAAUACAGAAUUGGACUUUUGAAAUCCGAAAAUCAUCUGCAAUACGACACUUCUCAGGCUGUGAUGAAUGCAGUGUUCAAGGGGAACUACUCUGGCAUCAUUGUAACCGGACAUGACCAUGAAGGAUGUGAGAAUUUCUACAAUUAUAACUUCACUUCAGGAGAGUGGCAAGCGUCCAAGAGCAUAAAUUCCCCAAAGUACAUAAAAGAGGUUACUGUCAGAUCGAUGAUGGGUGACUUUGACGGAAAUACAGGACUCAUUACGGGGCAUUUCAACCAAGAGACGAAAACUUGGGAAUUCAACUAUAAGUUAUGCCCCUUUGUUGUUCAGCAUGUGUGGUGGGCCGCGCAAAUUGGCAUUGUGCUUAGCAUUUUGUUCCACUCGAUAAACUUCUUGCUUUAGAACUGAGCCGCAUUCUUUAUCCUACAUAAAAAGAAUUUCACCCAGCUAAAAAUUUUCCCAUCGAAAGUUUACCUCCAUACUAUUUGGCAAGCUACCAGCGUGUUUGGUGCCCAGAAUUGGGAGCUAUUCCGCCAAGGGGUUGCUGUUUGGCCAUCGUCGUGGUCGGUGUCAUAGCUGACCGGUAUUGUCGCCUAUUAAGUUAGGGACGAUUUCUAGAUGUUGGAAUGAGCAGUAUUCACGAUGUUAGUAGCUUGUUGAAAUGUAUGGACAGAAGAAUGUGGCUUCUAAGAAUUCGUCGUUGACUCAGACAACGGCGGAUCCCGUAUGGCCACAACAUUACAAGCAUAUAACACAACACCUAUUUUUGUCGUGUGUGGCUGAGCAUCUCGUUAUCAGCCUCCUUGGCGUAGUUUCUAAAUUUGCAGUAAAAGUAAAACAUAAAACAGACGAUCUACCUGUUUAAUUGCUGGAGAGAUAUGACCAGUAAUAUUUGAUUUUCUAAACACCGCUUCGUUUACUCCAGUUCAAAUUCCUACUCGUUUUUGUUUACCACACUGGCGCUCGCCAAAUACAACACAUACUAUUCAAUCCCUGUUCAGUUUCAGCUGAGGGACUAAUUUAAUUGGUGCAUCAUUUGUUAAGAUAGUUUUAUCAUACCAUGUUUUCGAGAAAGAAGAAAGAACCAAGCCCGCCGCUGCCCAGGCUGCUGGAAAUUUACAAUGAGAUCGCCAACACGUCGCUAACGAAUCUAAGUUUGGAGCAAAAUAACCGUUCGAAUGAGGCCCUGAACGGCUGGAGAACACUUCAUCAAGUCGCAGCUCUAAAGGUGGAAGCGCUUGAGAAGAGUAUUGCAGGGGUAGAGUUAACGGACGAGGAGUCCUAUAUUUUGGAUGAAAUCCACAUUCUGCAGGCACAGGCGGAUGACCAUAUGGAUAGACUGGAGAACAAACUGAAUCCUCCCCUUCCCAUUCAGGCGUCUAAAGUCUAUUCCAAUCCUCAACAUUCCUCCAGUUCUGCUGGUAUUAAGAUAUCACCUCCUGGCUCCAGAUCCAACUCUGUGCGAGCGAACGUUCCCACCUUGAGAUCCUCAACUCCUGUAACGAUGAACUCUAAAAGACCAGUCAACAAGCCCCUGAUUAAGUCGCUCCGUCCCAAUCAGAACAUAGCUAAUAACAGUUCUAGCGUAAGUUUGGGCAACUCCAUCUCGUCCCAAGCCACGGCUAAGCAUGCUGCAAACUUAAUAUGGGCGCCAUCCAAAAGUUUAUCUGCCAACAAGCCGUACUCAUCGAACUCACAGGAGGACUUAUUUCAAGACUUUGAUGGCAACAUUGACGAAGAGGAGUACCAUCACAAAGAAACUCUCAGACAAUUACAACAAAACGCUCUUGCAUCGAAAACCGCUAGAAGUAAAAACGAUGAAGACCUAAUUGACCUCGGUGAAAAUCUGUCACAUCUGGAUAUUCGUCAAAAACCAACGCUUCAGCAAAAGCAGCAAGUGCAAAAGAAUCAUGCUAAGUCUUCAGCAGAGAGAGCAAGGGCGGCGUUGAAGAUUUCCUCGCAAGUCAAACUUCCUCAAAAGGUAGCCCCCACUGCUGUUCGUCAACCUGCCCGUCACGCAUCGCCUGCAAGAGUUGCCAGAUCCCCACCCCGAUCGACAAACGUACAACUCGCCAAAACCCAAAACCGCAGAGCUAAUCUUUCUCCUAAUCCCCCUAAACCUGUUUCAACGCCUCAGUCUGGUUCCAGGAGAGCUUCACCAGCCGCUAAAGGAUCUACGACAAGUGCUCCUAAGGUGCUUGCUGAUAAUUCUACAAAAGAUACUGAAACGUUGGACAGUGACAAUUCAGUUGAAGACGACGAAGACAAAUUAAUAGCCUCUAUGCGAGGUGUGGAUCCUGUUUCCGCUAGACAAAUUCUCAACGAGAUUGUGGUUCACGGAGAUGAAGUCCACUGGGAUGAUAUUGCGGGACUCGAUGCGGCCAAAAAUUCCCUCAAGGAGACAGUGGUUUACCCAUUUUUGAGGCCAGACCUGUUCAGUGGCCUGAGAGAGCCUGCUAGAGGAAUGCUGUUGUUUGGACCUCCCGGAACAGGAAAAACUAUGCUCGCGCGCGCCGUUGCAACGGAAUCAAAAUCAACGUUCUUCUCAAUAUCCGCGUCUUCGCUGACCUCGAAGUAUCUUGGUGAAUCCGAAAAGCUGGUUAGAGCGUUGUUCCAAUUGGCCAAAAGACUUGCUCCUUCAAUAAUCUUUGUGGAUGAGAUAGACUCCUUAUUGGGAAGCAGAAAUAAUGAGGGCGAAAACGAGUCUUCAAGGAGGAUCAAGAACGAGUUUUUGGUUCAGUGGUCUGAUUUGACCAAGGCCGCAGCUGGAAGAGAUCAGGGAGAAGAUCUACAAAGAGUUUUGGUGCUAGCGGCCACAAACUUACCAUGGACAAUAGAUGAAGCUGCAAGAAGAAGAUUUGUGAGGCGGCAAUAUAUCCCGCUUCCAGAAUAUGAUACCCGGAAAGCCCAACUACAGAGGCUUCUUUCGCAUCAAAACCAUACAUUGACGGACAAGAACUUAGAGGAAUUAAUAAAAUUGACGGACUCGUUUUCGGGAUCCGAUAUCACAGCUUUGGCAAAGGACGCAGCUAUGGGACCAUUAAGAGAGCUAGGAGACAAAUUGCUUCUAACAUCCAAAAACGAGAUCAGGCCUGUCUGUCUUCAAGAUUUCAUCAAUUCUCUCAAUUACAUCAGACCAAGUGUUUCAAAAGAAGGUCUUAGACAAUUCGAAGAGUGGGCUAAGCUGUAUGGAUCCUCGGGUGUUUGAAUUUUAAUUUGGAAACAAGCUCCUUUUUGUGUGCUAUAUAGCAUGUAUCUAAGAUACUCUCGGCCGUUCAUUUAUAAUCUAUCUUCACGACUAUACAAUUA